CUUGAAGAAUGCCAUGGAGCAGCACAACAAGGAUGCAAACCCCCAAGCACAAACAAUCCAAGAUUUGUUGUUCCUGAAAUCAUUCUUGGAAAACAAUUUGGAGCAGCACACAGAGAAGGAAAAGCUUCAUAUUCAAACGAUGCAAGAUGGUCUUGUAUUCUUAAGGUCAUUCUUGGAGAACAACAGGGACCAACGCAACCACCUUGAAGAGCUCCAAGCUCUUAGAAGUCGUAUUGUGGAAGUGGCACACAAGACAGAGUUUGUUAUUGACUCCUUGAUAGUAGGAGAUGUAUCAUUUUAUUCUCUAAUGUUGUUUGACAAAGUCACAGAAGAAAUUAAGCUUCUUAAAACCAAGACAUGGGAGUUUGACUGCAUCAAAGCCCAGAAGCCCGCCAAUAGUUCGAGGGAUGUGCCACAAGGAAGCAAGUGGACUGGAGCAUUCCACCAGGUGCCAUCACAGGGUAAUAUCUCAACCAUUCAUAAAACUUCAGUAUAUCUGAAGGAUCAGGAGCAAGCAAUUAUCGAUCAACUUAUAGGAGGAUCAAUGCAGUUGGACAUCAUUUCCAUUGUGGGCAUGCCUGGACUAGGUAAGACGUUUCUGGCCCAAAGAGUCUACCAUGAUCCAUCAAUUGCAUCUCACUUCCAUAUUCUUGCAUGGUGUUGUAUCUCUCAAGUAUAUUGCAAGAAAGAUCUGUUGCUUGUGAUUUUGGGUUGCAUUGAUCCAAAAGCUGAAUACUCAGAUAUGGAUGAAGAUGAUUUAGCUCACAAACUUUGUAAUCACUUGAGGAAACAGAAGUAUCUCAUAGUUUUAGAUGAUGUGUGGGAUAUUGAGGCAUGGAAUGCAUUGAAAAUAUCUUUCCCAGAUUAUGCCAAUGGAAGCAGAAUUAUAUCAACGAGUCGGCAUCAUGGAAUUACCGGUAAACCUCACCAUCUUCGGCCACUUGAUGAAGAAGAAAGCUGGGAGUUACUAAAGAAGAAGCUGUCAAUUACCAUAGAAGGUGGUUAUCCUGUAGAACUAAGUGUUCUUGGGAGGCAAAUAGCAAAAAACUGUAAUGGACUGCCUCUAUCAAUCGUCAUCAUAUCUGGAAUUCUCGGGACUCUAGAUCAAGGUCGUUGGGGAGAGGUAGCAGAAAGGCUUGACUCAAACAGCAAGAUUGGUGCCACAGAGCAAUGCAAGAGUAUAUUAGAGCUGAGUUACAUACAUCUACCUGACCAUUUGAAGCCAUGCCUUCUUUACUUCAGUGCAUUUAGGGAAGACCAAGAAAUUUCUGUAAAGAGGUUGAUGUGGCUGUGGAUCGCCGAAGGAUUUGUACGAAAGAAGGAAUCAGAGUGCCCUGAAAAAUUAGCAGAAGGCUAUUUAAUAGCUCUAAUUAACAGAAGCUUGGUUAUGGAGGGGCAAAAAAGAUCCAUUGGCGGGGUCAAGACAUGCCACAUUCAUGAUUUGUUGCAUGUCUUUUGUUUGGGAAAAGCUAAAGAUAAAAAAUUUCUACAUUUGAUACAAGGAUGUGACGGAUUUCUUAAUUUUGAUGAACCACACUACCUAUAUCGGUUAUCCAUUCACUCUCAGCCAAAGCAUGUUGCGAAGUCAAAGAUACUUUGUCCCCAUGUACGCUCUCUAUUACAUUCUUCUUGUGGUAUUGGGAGCCGUGGAGUAUCAUACACCUUAUCCUUUGUUUGUCACCUGAAACUUCUUCAAGUGUUGGAUUUGGAACAAAUUAAUCUUGGUUUUACUUUCCUAUGUGAAUUAGGGUUGCUCAUUCAGUUGAGGUACUUGGCUGUUUCAGGUUGGAUCAAAUACAUCCCACCCUCACUGGAAAACCUCUCGAAUUUGGAAACGUUUUGUGUGACAACAUAUUAUUCUGAUUUUGUUCUUUCAUCGUUGGAAGAAAUUUUUUGGAUAUUGCAGAAAUUGAGGCAUCUACAAGUACGUGGUGCUUUGAUUGAUCUUAGGUUGGCAAAGGAAAAUCCUGAAAGCUCCUGUAUGUUAUACAAUUUACACACGUUUUCCACUCCAAAGCUUUAUCUUGGGCAAAGCAUGGAAAAGAUGAUGAUGAAGUUUCCAAAUAUCCGCAGACUGAAAUGCUGUCUGCUACAAUCAGAGGAAUCUUCUAGUGAGAGCACAAGGAUCGUGGCAAUGGAGUCUCUGAGUCAGCUAGAAUCACUAAAGCUGCUACUGGGUAAAGUUCCUGCAAAUUGUAUCAAAUUUCAUCUCCCCUUGAAUCUGAAAAAGUUGACACUGGAGGACUUCUCAUGGAGUGUAAUUUGCACAAUCAGAAAGCUACCCAAUCUUGAGGCUCUCAAAUUAAUCCGACAAGCAGAUGGGGAAAAGGAAUGGGACAUGGGAGACAUUGAAUACAUGGAAGAAGAGGAAAUCUUCCCUAAACUCAAGUUCUUGAAAUUGGAAUCCUUGAAGAUGGUCAGGUGGAUGGGUUCAGGAGAGCAUUUUCCCAGUCUUGAGAGAUUAAUUUUGGUGGGUUGCGCGGAAUUGGAAGAGCUCCCUUCUUGUUUGUGGGAAACUUUUACUCUUCAAUUGAUUGAGGUGCAUGGAUGUCUAUACUCUGCUGGAGAUUCAGUUCGGGACAUUAAGAAACAACAGAUGGAUUAUGGAAACAUGGAUCUGAAAAUCCUUAUCUCGGAAGAAGUUGACGAGUCUUCUUCAUGGUCAGAUGGAGAUUCAGACGGAUGGUUACCAGAAGAAAUUGAGGAGUCUUCUUCAUCGUCGGAAAUUCACACAGAUGAUCAGGCAAACGAUCAUCUGCCAUAAGCGUUAUUAUCUUCUGUAUGCUUCUGUUUACAUUGAUGUCAUAUUUGUCGUUGUACGGCAUAAAUAAGUUGCUAUGUAGUAAUGGCAAAUUAGUGUACUGUUUGAUUAAAUUGAUUGUUUAAAUAUUGAGGAUGGAUAUACUAAUGAUUUGUUCCAGAUGCUUACACUUGCAUCUCAAGUA